AUGUUUGCCGUACGCCCCAUCACCACUUCCUUUCAACGAGCUAUCAUGAAUGGUCGCCCAGCCAGUGCACGUUUCAUGGCCACUAUUGUUGAUGGUGUCGACUUUGAUACAGUCGCUCGAGAAUGGCGUUGCAAAUGGUCUUCCGAUGAUGACAAGAAGUCGCUUGCUGAAGCUCAGAAAGCAUUGAAUGAAAUCCUUAGCGAGGUCAAGGGUGUAGAUGGAUUCAAGAAAAUUGACCGCGUGGUUUGUGGCGGAUGCUUGGAUUUCAAGGUAAUUACAAAGUUUCUUGAAGAAGCUCGAAUCAAUUGA